UGUUUGUUUCAUCAGAAUUCAGCUUCUGGAAUUUAUUUUAUUCUGCAACAAAGUAAGUAUUUGUAAUGGUUCCUUUUGGAGCUUUUCUGAUGGAUAAUGUAAAUUAGCUUGUGUCUACCUCAAAAGAGAAGGAAGAGUUCUUUAAGUCAAACCUUUCACGGGAACUUCUGUUUUCCAGUUGGCGUCAUAUCUCUCUGUUUCUUUUACUUGUUAACAGCCAAGUCUGGACUUAAGAUAGUAUGAACUUAUUGUUAACAUGCCUGGAGUUGUCUUCUUCUUGUGGAAGUCGAAUAAUGGGUUUACUUUGAGUAGUUGGUCUACUUUUGAACUUUGUUCCUAUUGACUGUCAUGUCGAGGAACCUCAUAUGAUGGGCACUGAUUUCCCUUAGAUCUAAACUUUGCUAUGAUCCUCAACUUAUUUUGCGAUUCAUUCUUGUAACUGUGACUGGAUAAAGGAGUGAGAAUGUCCACCUUUUGACCUACCAAAUGUGUACAUUGCUAACUUCAAAGAUAUCUCCAGUCAUCUAGAGGACUCCUGGAGCUGGGUAGCUCCAGUGAUAUAGAUGAUGGAUUAGAAAAAGGAACUCGUCAUUUAGAUUUUAAUCCCACAAAGUAAUCUCCUGGUGGGAAGAAUAGCUUUAGUAAGUUCUAGACCAUCUUUACUGAGAUUAGCAUGCAAUAAUAUCAUUUCUAUUGCAAACCAAUACUGUUAUUGGAAAAUCACCAUCUUUUUAAGAAGCUAUCAUGAAAAUAGCCUUUUCAUGUUAUUUGAGGAAAAGAAGAGGCAAUAAACUAAGCUUGUAAUAGCAUGUCCUAUGAUGAGAUUAAUGUUGCUUAAGCCUCACCCUGCUUGAAUGGCAGACCGGGUGAGUGGAAAUCCGAAGGUGAAGGCACAUCAUUAAAUUAUGAUUUUCUUUUUUAGAUUUGUGUGUUUUACCUUUGUUCAUGACACACAGAAUUUUGUUUCCUGUUUCAUUGACAGCAUCUUUCUUAAAUUAAUCAUCUACAAACUCUUGGCUUGACCAGGUAUAAGCCAGAUGUUAUCAAAGGAGACAUGGACUCAAUUCGGACAGAAGUACUCGAUUUUUAUGUAAGCUUGGGAACCAAGGUUAUAGAUGCAUCUCAUGAUCAGGACACAACAGAUCUACACAAAUGCAUUGCGUUUAUACGUGACUUUACCCCAAACUUAGAAAAACCUAAUUUAAUACUUACUAUGCUUUUGUUCAUUCCAGCUGAGACAGAAAUGAAGUUUGGUGGUUUGAUAAGCACAUCAAAUUUGGUUAAAGCAGAGAAAAUAACAGUUGAAUCCGACACUGAUCUUCUGUGGACCAUAUCCAUCAAGAAAUCCUUGUGAAUUUUUCUUCCGACGCACUGACAUCGAAAUGGCACAUUGGAUGGUGGAGCAGUAUAGAUACUUCUCUGAAUUCCUUACUCUAUUAGAAAUUUAUUGAGUAAAGCAGUUUCUUUGCCUUCUACUUCUACUUCUACUUCCAUUCAAUUAUGAAAAAUUGUCUUGAGUUUCAUUUCAUAGCAAGUUCAGUAGGUGCUUCGACAUCUCAUCGGAACUGGUUUUUCUGAGGUAUUUUGGCUGUUCAUUGUAUGUUGCUUCAGGCUUCAGCUAAAUUAAUUUUCUACCGUUUGAAGUA